ACAGCCGUUUCUCGAUCGCGGAAGCCGCUGGUAGUUUCUCAUUCACGAGUUCCUCAUGUGGAGUCGGCUGUCAUUCUCAACUAGGUCUUUCUUUUUUCGGUUUAUUCCUCCGUCUUUAAUCCCACCCCGCAGAAAUCUGUUCACGGCGGGGUUUAAGAUGAGUAUGGAGAGAUGUGUAGUGCGGUGUGUGGAGUCCGAGUCCAAACUGACCAUAUCAUUCAGUCUGAACGGCAGUAAUAAACACAUGCUGAGGGACAAAACUGAACCUCUGGGAAAGCUGCUGGACAGAAUAGCCAACAACAGCGUCAAGACCACUGCUGGCAAAUCCAAAAAACACAAACCAAGCAAAGAAAAACCCGAGAGCCAAGAAGCAGAAAAACCAGAAACCAGUCUAAGUGUGAACGGACAACCAGUUUCACCAGAAACUCUCAAUUCGGAUGCCUGGGAAGAUGGAGCAGUGCUGCAAGUGGGCGACCUAAAGUAUAAAGUGGAGAGGAAUCCUCCAACAUUCACUCAAUCCGAGCUGCCGUCUUCACUAAUGGCCGGAUUUCCUGUGUGUCCGAAAAUAGAGAUUGAAUUUGGAGAUCUGAAGGACUGCGAGUUCAGAUGGUUUAAAGAAAGUUCAGCUAGUGCAUAUAUUACAGGAGAUGCAGAAUGCUGGAGAGAAGCUGGAUCUGAGCGUGUGUUUACGCCAUCGAAUUUAGACAUUGGGUUAAGGCUGAUGUUGAAAUGCACGCCGGGGAAUGGCUCUAAAAUUGGGGAACCCAAAAAACUGGUGUCUUCCAGCGCUGUAGAAGCCGGUCCGGGGAUUUGCACAUUUGAUAACAGGCACAUUUACACACAGAAGCUCACUGAUGAGGGUUCAUUGAGGGUUGUGUCUUAUAACAUCCUAGCGGACGUUUACGCUCAAACGGAUCUUUCUAAAACAGUGUUGUACCCUUAUUGUGCGCCCUAUGCUCUACAAAUGGACUAUAGGCAGAAUCUGAUCAAGAAGGAGCUUUCAGGGUAUAACGCUGACAUUAUUUGCCUUCAGGAGGUGGAUAAAUGUGUGUUUGUAGACGUUUUAUGUCCUGCUUUGGAUGCGUUUGGGUUAGAUGGUGUUUUUAGGAUUAAGGAGAAGCAGCAUGAAGGGCUGGCCACAUAUUUUAGGAGGUCUAAGCUGAAGCUGGUGGAGCAGUAUGAUGUUAUGUUGAGCGAGGCUUUGACCACGGAUCCUAUACAUCGGGAGCUGUGGGAAAAAGUGUCCUGCAGUCCCAGCUUGAAGGAGAAAAUUGAAAAGAGGUCGACGACUUUGCAGGUGACCGUCUUACAGUCGUUGUGUGACCCGUCAAGGAUAUUAUGUGUAGGAAACACACACCUGUACUGGCGCCCUGAAGGAGGAAACGUUCGUCUGGUCCAGAUAGCAGUGGCUCUGGAACACAUGAAGCAGGUGGUGACAGAGAAGCAUCCCGGCGCCAGACUCAUAUUUUCGGGUGAUUUUAACAGCACUCCGUCCUCCGGCCUCUUCCAGCUGCUCAGUCAGGGCUGCAUCCCGGAGGAUCAUGAGGACUGGGGCUCCGGGGGUCCAGAAGAGCAGAUCCGACUAGGACUGACCAACCCGUUCCAGCUGUCCAGCGCAUGUGGAGUCCCGGACUUCACCAACUUCGUAGGAGGAUUUCAGGGGUGUCUGGAUUAUAUUUUUGUGGAGCCGCGGACGCUGCAGGUGGAGCAGGUCAUUCCUCUGCCCAGUCUGGAGGAGGUGAGCAACUGUGUGGCACUGCCAAGCAUCUCGCACCCGUCUGAUCACAUCGCACUGGUGUGUGACCUCAAGUGGACGACUGACAGCGAUUAACCACAAUAUUAAAUCAGAUUUUUAUUCCAGUA